GACGUUCCACUUGAGAUAUUUAGUUAUUUUCCUCCUCAGGUUGCGAAGUUUUCCCAGUUUUCCAACAUGCAAUUGUAUAUCUUUGCCGCUUUACUAGUUGUCGAAGCUUUGAACAUGGCUGACGCGGAAGAUCGUCCUCCGUCCGAAUGCUGUACCGCACGGAAGUACAAGGUCCCGAUUACAUCGGCGCCCCCAAAAGACCCUACGAAGCCGUGGCAAUACGCCGUCCGUGUCGGUCCGAUCCUGUACUUGAGCUCACUUCGCGCCUUCCACGACCUCAACGACCCAAAAAGCUUCGGCACGCGCGGCACCUACAACGAAUCCAUGAAGAUCAUGAAAUUCACGCGCGCCAUCCUGAAGGAUGCCGGCUGCACCUGGAACGAUGUUCACGACGUGACGGUGCUGGUUACCGGCAACACCACAGAGUAUCAAACGGUCGACAAAGCUAUGUACGAUUUCUGCGAACAAGCAGGCUGCCUUGAGUUUCCUUGGGCUGGCCAUCUGCGCACUACUCCAUCCAUCGACGGCGGGGCCAGCGUCGAAUUCACUGUGCAGGCCAGCAACUGCAACUGGACCGACACCCACACAGCCACAACUGGACCGACACCUACACAGCUAACCAGUAAUUCUGAUGGGUAAUGCAAACGGCUUUCCUUUCCACCAUGUGUCAGCUUCGUCUCUCCACAAUCACUAAAUCACGGCCACGGCCACUUGUUGCGUAUGUUUUUGUCACAUAACUCCAUUUUAUACGUUGUAUAAGCGCCGUUUGUGGUUCCGCUUUGAUUCUAUUAUCGUCAGUAAAA